AUGAAGUACGGACGCAUCGCUGCGCUGCUUGUUCAAGCUGUCACCUUGGCGACCGCCACACCAGCAGCCCAUGUCGUCAACAGCUCAGCUCCCAUCGGCACACUUCACAUUUUUGGAGAUUCGUGAGUGUUGUGCGAGGAGCGGCGUAGGUGAGCUGUGACCUCUGAUGACGAUUAUUCCAUGUUUAUCUCGCAGCUACACCGAUAGCUGCAACGUCUGGCACCUUCAGCACAGCGACACGCCCACCUUUCCCGGUUGCCCACCUCCCGAUGCGGGAAGAAGCACCGGCGAAAGAGCUUGGCCAGAGUACAUUCGCAUCGAUCAAGGUCAGCGCGAGAGCAGCACCAACGCUUCCAACCCAUCGUCGCCCGGUGGCGAUCCAGUCGCAGGCAGCAAGCAGCAGCAGUGGCUUAUCCGCAACUGGGCGUUCAGCGGUGCUACGUGCGACAACGCCGCCUUUCCCUCUCAAGCUCCCUCGUGAGUAGUCACGGGGACCUGGUCCAGUAUUUCGCUCUGCUCCUGGCUGACCAGAUAAUCGCUCCGCUUGUAGAGUCGUCGAUCAGCUUGCUCUGCUUCAGUCCGGCUAUGGAGCGGUGCCGCCCAUCGGCAAGCCCAACGCCAAGGCGGACGUAGCCCUCUUCCUGAUCGGCACGAACGAUGUCAUCCGACUAGCGUCCAAGAAGCGCGGUAUUGGUGGCUUAUUUCCCUACAACUCCAAAACCACAGUCGCGAGCGAGACGGCCUGCAUUCGUGCUCGCAUCGAGCUGCUGCACGAGCUCGGGCUGCGUCGCUUUAUUCUAAUUGAGAAUACGCCUCUGCAAAACACACCCGUAUUCCGGCAGCUCAAUGCGACUGCGGAAGGAGCAAAGUAUACGCAAGCCAACAAUGGAGAGCAAAAGAAGCUCGCUAAUGAUCUGAACGCGCAGUGGAAAGGCAACGCAGUCAUCGACAUCUUUCCUGCUUAUGCGCUCUUUGACGCCUACUACCGCAAGCCUGAAGAGUAUGGCAUUACGAAUGUGGACACCCCUUGCAACCACACUGCUGCGUGCACGACCAGUCUGUGGCAGGACAGUGAGUCUUGUCGUUAUAGAAUCGAGCUGCAAUGCACGAGCUAAUGCUCCUCAUCUCUCUCCUGUAGCUCUUCAUCCCGCUCCACGUCCCUGGAAGAUUUUUGCUCGCAAGUGAGUCGUUGGUGCAAUUGAACGAGUGAGAAAGCUUAUUGAUCAUUGUCUGCACUCGCAGACUGGUGCGCUUUGUGGCGGGUGUCCGCGGUGACGCUCUCAUCAAGGGUGAUGAAGGCGUUCAAUAA